UUCACUCACUUCCUGCAGCUUCCGGUCUCGUUUUCACCCGCCGCCGCCGUCCGCGGUACCUUCGCCCCCUCUUUGCCCCGACCCUUACCUGUCCCUUCACCCCCUAUCCGGCGGGUCUCUACCCCUCUUCCCUCCCGCCCCCUCGGGCCACGCGCCGCUUCUCCAUCCCCUCCUUCCGCUCCCGGGCUCGCGCCUCGCGGAGCCGUUUCCCCGGGAGACCGGCUCAGCCCAGCCCUCCGCCGCCACCGGCUCCCCGGCCGCCGGGGCCUGGCGAAGCCUCCGGGCCUCCUCCGCAGCGGCGCGCCCUCGGGGGAACGGGGAGGCCGGGGCCGGGCUCACUCGGCUUUGUGUGUGUGUCUCCCACACCGCCUCGUCGCCGUCGUCCUCCGGCCGCCCCCCAGCCCGGGACAUGCCUCGGCCGGGGUCGGCUUGGGCGGCCGCCCUCCUGCUGCUGGCGCUCGCGCUGGGGCCUUGCGGCUGCUCGGAAAUCACCUUCGAGCUGCCAGACAACGCCAAGCAGUGCUUCUACGAGGACAUCACCCAGGGCACCAAGUGCACCCUCGAGUUCCAGGUGAUUACUGGUGGUCAUUAUGAUGUAGAUUGCCGGUUGGAAGAUCCUGAUGGUAUGGUGUUAUACAAAGAAAUGAAGAAACAGUAUGAUAGUUUUACCUUCACUGCAUCCAGAAAUGGAACGUACAAAUUUUGUUUCAGCAAUGAGUUCUCUACUUUCACACACAAAACUGUGUACUUUGAUUUUCAAGUUGGAGAAGAUCCACCACUGUUUCCCAGUGAGAACAGAGUCAGUGCUCUUACACAGAUGGAAUCUGCUUGUGUUUCAAUUCAUGAAGCUUUGAAGUCUGUCAUCGACUACCAGACUCAUUUCCGACUAAGAGAAGCUCAAGGACGCAGCCGGGCAGAGGAUCUAAAUACCAGAGUGGCCUAUUGGUCUGUUGGAGAGGCCAUCAUUCUUCUUGUUGUUAGCAUAGGGCAGGUAUUCCUUCUGAAAAGCUUUUUCUCAGAUAAAAGAACCACAACAACCCGAGUUGGAUCAUAACUAGUGUUUGAGAAUUGAUCCACUAUACAUCUGUAAAUGUUGCUGUUUUCCAAUUAAUAGUAGGUACCGAAGAACUUAAUAUUGGCAAUAUUUUAAAAACCUCUUUACCCCCUUACAUUUGUGGUGGGGAAAAUGCAACAUAUAUCCCUAAACCAUGGGAUAGGACACCUUUUUAUUUGAAAAACUUGAAAAACUUCAGAAUUGUUUGAGGCUUUUCAUGUUAAAUAUCCAACACAAAUGUUCUACCCUUUUCCCCAGUUGUUUGUAUUCAUUCUUUUCACUCGAAACUUUGUCAUUUUGAUUCUUGAUCGGUAUGACUACUUCUGUCAUAGGGAACUGAUGCUUUAAAGAUAACUUAUAUUGAGGAGGAAGAAAACAGCCCUUUUAAUAGUUUAGGCAUGGAUUUUUGUUUUUUAAACCAAUGUGAUGAACUGUAGGCUAAGCCCUGUACUGCACUUUUGAUUUGUUAUGAAAAAGUACCAGUUACAUAGUUUUGAUUCAGUUUUGAGUUGAUAUAUCAUGGUAUAAAUUGUUAUUCUUCAAUUGCCUGUAGAGUAGCAGGUUUUAUACUCGUUCUGUGGUUUGUGAAACUAUAAAAAACACUUGAGUUUUUCAGUAAUGGUAGAAUUGAAACCUUAGAGAUUUUGAUUGAAGACACUGAAAAAUAAUAGAGCUAUAAUUAGAGAGAAUUUUUUAUAACUUUGCCACAGACAUCACAAUGUCUAUAUUUUCUUUUGCCUUUAUAAUGACUGACUUUAUCUGUGGCUACCUUGAUUUUAGAUAUAUCAGGUUAAUUAUAAUUUUUUGAGCUAUUUAAAAUCUAAUUUGACAUUUUCAUUAUUAGCAUUACACAAUGCUGUACAUUUAGUAAGUAUUAGGCAAUGAUACUUUUUCUCCCUUGAACUUAGAACUGGAACCGCAAUUGUUUAUAUUUGGUUAUUGGUCAUGAAAUAAUGACAGAAAAGGUUCAAAGUGUUUUAUGUGUUAUUUUUUCAUCCUAGUAAGUGGUUUGCAUUGGUUUCAUUGCUUAUACCUUGAAUAGAUGUUGUGUUACAUGCCUUUAUUGAGCUGCAAUGGGCAUUUUUCUUUGAAACAGAAAAAAUAUCCUUUUGUAAAUCAAAACUCUCAUUAAGAUUAGUUUCCUCUGUCCUAGAAUGGAAUCGUUUUGCCAUGUCUAUAAUGCUAAGCCAAAAAUCUACAAAUAGUUAAAAAACCUUUUUCUAAUGUUAAAAAAAGUUGUUUGUUCCCCCAUGGCUUUGUAUGAGAAUGAGUGCUAUAUCAAAAAUGUGAUUGGUGAAUACCUGUGGCAUCUGAUACUACAGAGUACUAAUUGGACAGCAUUCUGGUCAGUUACCAUCAACCAGAAAUUGCCAGUUCUUAAUUCUGAGAGCUUUUUUUUUUUUUUAAUGCAAACACAUUUCCAGCAAGUUUUUCGUUUCUUCCAAGAGGGGAAAAAAGUUGCCAUAGUGGUUAACUUUCAGUACCACAACAUAGCAAAAGCAUUUGCUAAAUGAAUCUUGCAUGAUUUAAAUCCUUAAGUUUAGAUUUUUCAAGGCAAAACAGAAUUGCAUGUAACAAGAUCUGGACAAAGAUCUAAAGUUGUAGAUUUGUUCAUGAGAACUGUGGUGCAGAUUGUUAGACUUCAUUUGGAUUUGAUUUCAACCUAAUAAACAUCCUAUGCACAAUAUUAAUGCACUUGGCAAAAGCAUAGGUGUACUUUAAUACAUCCUUUUCAUAUUGCUUCUUUGUUCUGUUCUGUCCAUCAGAUCCUUUAUUAGGCAAUAAGUGUUUGUGUCUGUGUGUGUAUAUACGCACACAACACACAAAUAUAUAUACAUGGAGUAGUAAGGUACCAGAAUAUUUCAGGUUUGUCAAAAGACCGGAAUCGUUUAAUCUGUGCCCCUAAAAAAGUUCAUUAUUUAAAAUACUGAAAUACGCUAAAUUUUAUGAAACCAGCAUUUUUUCUUCUAUUUUUGGAGAAAAACAAAAUUUAAAGUAGUUAUAAACCAAGACUUGGUCCACAAAAUAUUUAAAUUAAUAAGUUAAUUUUUGAUGUUUGUUUACUUUCCUGACUUGUGUGUGUAUAUGUAUAUUAGAAAAUAUACAUCUCUAUAUAUAGACACAUGCUAGUUGAACGGUUUUUUUCUUCCAUUAAAAAUGCUUGGUCUAUUGAGUCAUAAAGAAAAAUUUGAAGCCAAUUCUUUCAUCCUUUCAACUUUCUCUAAUAGUUUGAAAAUUCCCAGAUGUUUGCUUGGACACAUGGCACAGGAUGCAUAUUUAAACAUUCAUAGUUGUAUAUAUUUUUUUAAAUAGCUAAUGGAAAGGGAUUUAAUAUACAAGUUUAUAUGCUAAAACAUCAACUUGUGAAGUAAACAUCUUAAAAUAUUGUUUUGCUGAUAAAAUCUAAACAUUUUUGUGUUAAAAGAAGGAGUGGUUGAGGUAUGUGAUUGAGAAAGGUCACCCAAAGCUUGACAGACAAUAUUAAACUUUCAAUACAAUGAACUGAAAAACAGUUUUUAAAACUAUUCUUUGAAAGAUUUGUUUGUUUAAAUCCUUGUGUAUUGUCAGUUCCUAUUUCAGUUUGUAACUGUUUAACAUUUAUAGUUUGGAUGAAACAAAGCAGACCCUUUGAAUAUUGUUUUGGAAAAAAUUAAAACAAAUUAAUAUAUGAA